AUGUGCACUGCUUUUAUCAAUAGUGAUAAUAGGUACAAAUCUGGAUGGAAUAGCUUCGAGUCAAGCUUCUUCACCCGACGAAGUUCCUGUUCACACUGCUCCAUUACUGCCGAGAGAUUACGUUAUCGCGAUCCGUCGAGUCCCCUUGAUAUAAUAUCCGAACGAGACAAAAGAUACUCCAAACGACUGUUCACUGAUUUCGUCGCCCACAUCUCCAUCAUCGCCCGUCUUGCAAAUACAAUCCAAAUGCAAUCGGAUCUCAUGAAUAACCAAGAUAUGCACUACAAAGUCGGAGAACUUUUCAACAUUGGAAAGAUCGAUAUAGCCGAGCUGAAAGAGAUCAACACGACACGUACGUUGGAGUUCAUGCAGGUUUUUAAUAAGACUGUGGGAAGUAUUGAUAAUACUGUGAUUGACGGAGAGAAGAGGUUUCAACUGUGGGAAGCGAUUCGGAAAAUCACGAAGGAGUUGGGGGAAAUUAAAGAUUUUCCGAAGAGGGAUGCAUUUGUGAAGGACGGCAAACAAUUUUAUGACGCAUUCAAUCGGGAUGCAUUCAACGAAGCUUGGCCUCCACUUAAAGAUACUUUAUCAACUCUGCGAGUUUUGAGAAAUUUUUCGACUGAAAGCUCCACCACCAGAAGGGAAAAAGAUGCAGAUGUUUCUAAGUUUGUAGCCUUGAAGAAACAAGUCGGAAAAACACUCCUUGUUGUUGUUAAAUUGAAGGAGCUUAUGGACCGAUUAAGUCCUUUUGAAGGUUGGAGUUUUGUGGAUAAAAGAGCGGUGCUCUCUAAACCAGAAAGACUCAUUCAAGCUAUAAAAUGGAGACAAGAAGUGCAAGCAUUGGGGGCAGCAAACGACGAGAAGAAGAAAUCUCUCAAAAAGAACUUUGGGGAAGAGUAUGUCAUGGGAGAAAGUGUAACGGCGUUUGGAGAUGUUUUUGAACAUUUUGAAAAGAACUUUCUCAAAUAUUCAAGUAAUCCAUCAUCGGACCUUAGAGGGUUUCAAGCAAUGACUCUUCUGGCCUCUGAAACCGAAGAUCGAUGGUUCAAGAAAGUUUUCAAAAAUAUAGGAGACAUGAAGAAGAUGACUAAAAGUUUGAAAGCAAUAUUUUCACUCACAAAUGCCACGAAAUCAAUCAGUUCACAUUUUUCGACUGAUUUGGAGACACGAAUUGCUAUAGAGGAUGUGAACUCAAUAGUAAAAGAGUUUCUAAAGAGAACUGCAACUGGUGGAGGAUCUGUUUGGUAUUUGGGAAAAUUCGAAUACUGCGGUGAUAUUGGGAGUGUAGUGAAUGAAACCCUAAUGAGGAAAGCUUUGUAUCCUCUUACAGGAUCACAAGAACUGCCUGAAAGAUUCGCGGACUUUUGGAGUAGAGAAGACUUUUCUCGUGGUAGUCUUCAAUCACUUCUAGAUGAUUUGAAUAGUGUCAAAAGGAUUUUGAAUCCAGUAAAUUCAACCGAUAAUUUGUAUUGGUUUAAACAAAUUCCUCGUUUAUUAACGGAGUUGAAUACUAAUGGAGCAAUGAAAAGACUCGAGAAUAAAGUCGAAAAACUGCUGGAUUCUUCGAACACUUUCGAUGCGGAUUCUUUGUAUUAUGCUUCUAUGUAUUCUUUUUAUGAUCAUGAGGUCACAGAUAACUUUUUGAAGCUGCCGGAAGUGAUAAGAGAACAUUUCGUUUACACCUGUUUGAACAGCUAUCAAGAUCAUUCAGAAAUAGCAUAUGAAGCUACCCGUCUCAUCCGGUUGAUGAGACGACUUGGCGUGGAAGGAACUAAGCGAGUGAAUGAAUACAUACAUAAAGUGGCGAAAAUUUUGGAGUCGCUGGAUGAAUUCGAAUCAAUUCUAUCUCAGAUGAAGGAAAAUUCCAAUGAUGGAGUAGAAAAAGUGAACGAAAUCGAUAAACUGGUGGUUGCUCGAAUUGACAAAGCAACGGUUGAGAGCAAUGCAAAACUCGAGUUUGAUCACAUGGCCAAAUUCGAUACAAACGACGAAAUGAAAAAGUUGUGGCCACUGAACAAGGUACUUUCUUCCUUGACAAAUGGUCUCAACUACUUUGAAGAGCACCUCCAGAAUUUUGAUUUUCGAUCACUAAAAAACCUCACUGAUUACGACAUGUUUUUCAAAAAACUGGAAGGAAUGCCAGAUGUUACGAUGGAUCCUGAAUCAUUGAUACAAGUGCUGAACUACUUUAUCAAAAAUACAAUGGAUGAUUACCGCAUAGAUGAAUUCAUCGAGACAAAGAAGAAACUGAUUCAAUGCUCAUCGAUGGAUUUGGAUUUUGAAAAACAUUUUCAAGGAGUCGGCGAUGCGUUCCAAAAGUUUGGUGACUUUCUAACUCAAGCUUUAGCGCAAGUCGUUUUGGAUCCAGUGCAGGAUCAUUCCGUGACUCCAGUGCAGGAUCAUUCCGUGACUCCAGUGCAGGAUCAUUCCGUGACUCCAGUGCAGGAUCAUUCCGUGGCUCCAGUGCAGAAUCAUUCCGUGGCUCCAGUGCAGGAUCAUUCCGUGGCUCCAGUGCAGGAUCAAGAUAUCCAGAAGGAAGACGAAACUGACUAUACAUCGAUUAUUGUGGGUUGCGUAGUCUUCGUCGCCUGUCUAUCAGCCACCGUGGCAAUCUUCAUUCUUUGGAAGAAGAAAUUGUUGUGUUUCAAACGAAAAGGUGAUUCCGUUGAAUGCGAUGUAAUCGACAUGGAUCCAGUGGACAAUAAGCCAGUGCUUCCACCCCAUUUGAUUAUCGUUGCCAUUGGUACACAGACAUUCGGAAGACACCCGGAACACUACGAGUUGUGGACUCAGCUGAUGGAACAUGUGAGGACGGCGCCGACACCAGAAGAACGACAAUUUCCGUACUUGCCGUUGAAGGAGUCGAUGUAUUGGGAUCCGAAUAUCAAACUGAAUCCGUUCACUGCUCUCCAAACGGUUCGGUUGCACGGAAACAAGUUUCGGAGUCGAUUGGGAACUGUGUUCUAUGCUAUGCAGGCCCCGAUGGAAGCCAACAGCAUGCACGACGACACUCGAGCGGACUUCUUGGCUAUGCUCGUAAUUGAUGAAGUCGAAUUCAUCGUAUUCCUCGGAGAAACCAGCUCGUGCGGACAUUAUUUCUUGGAACGAACCGGAAGUCUCACAAUUGAAAACUUCACAGUGACAACUGAAGGCGAGCAACAAUUCCAGAACUCGACGGACAUUGUUGUGAGAACUCUGACGGUAAAGGAUAAUAAGAAGAAGACUCAACGGAAAGUGAAGCAGUUCCAAGUGAAGAACUGGAAAGAAGGAGAUAUUCCGAAUUGUGGAUAUCAACCACUGGAAGCCAUCAUGACGGAGAUUUGCAAGAGAAAAACCCCUGUCGUCGUUCACUGCACUUCUGGCACCGGACGCACGAUGGCGUUUAUCGGUUUGGAAUACAUCUCGAGAGCUUUGGAGGCUAAUGAGGAGAUGACGUUCGCAGACGCCUUCAAGAAGCUCAUCGAGAAGAGAUACUCCGCCUUCGAAACUUCCCGUCAGAUCGGAUGGCUUCAAGUCGGUGUGGUAUACUUCAUGUCGAUUCGACGCAACGCCGAACUCGUCAUGUAUCAGAAUAUCGAGGGUGUCUUCAGAGAUAUGGUGGAGAGAAAUGUCGGAGUGCCGAAAGGGAUCAAGUUUUAG